UGAACCACGCAUCUCCAGAAAGAAGGAAAACAGAGGAAGGCAGCAGAGGAAGGGGGGAGAAAAAGAAGCCGAAAAGCCACAGAAGCAAGUUGGCCCACAAAACUUUGCAGCUUUAGUGAUGUCACAAGCAUGUGAUCCUGCUUCUCCAGUGACAGUGUUGUGAGGGAAGGAAAAAAGAGAUUCUUAUGCCAUUUUGAGUUUGUGUGAAGGCUUCGUUCAUCCCGAGCAACCACAGAACCGCAGAACUUCAGUUCGGGAUUACUGCAUGGGCUGCCGGCAGUGCGUCAAUGUUAAUUGUCCUUGGUCAACAUCGGGUUUGAGGACCGCACCGACCAGUAAGUACACUUCAACCGCACUGUCUACUGCAGCGUGCCUGGCUCUAUCCUAUCCAAAAAGGCGACAUUUUUUUUCCUACACCAUAACUGGUCAUUACUUGUGGUCGAGAACAUAGUUGAUACCAAAACACAAUUCUUGUGGAUGUUUUUUUUUUUCCCUUUUUGUACAUCUUACACUGGCACCGUGCAUUCUAAUAACCUAAGACGCAUCAAGGGUCAACGACAACCACUAAGGAGCAAAAUUUGUAUGCCAAGUGACCAAAGCUGGCGACCAACAUGGCAUCUAACAGCCUCUUCAGUUCUGUGACCUCAUGUCAGCAGAACUUCUUCUGGGAUCCCAGCGCCGGACGGAGGUUCAGUCCGCCGGUAUCGGUGAAGAUGAACGAUGUGAACUCCAGCGCGGGACAGCAGCAGCAGCAGCAGGAUGGCGCGGUGGUGCCAAGACUCCGUGCGCAAGAGAACCGCUCCAUGGCCGAGAUCAUCGCCGACCACCCCGCCGAACUGGUUCGAACCGACAGUCCAAACUUUCUCUGCUCGGUUCUGCCUUCUCAUUGGAGAUGUAAUAAAACCCUACCAGUUGCUUAUAAGGUUGUGGCCCUCGGAGAGGUUCCUGAUGGGACAGUGGUCACAGUGAUGGCUGGGAAUGAUGAGAACUAUUCAGCUGAGCUCAGGAAUGCCUCAGGUGUCAUGAAGAACCAGGUGGCCCGCUUCAAUGACCUGCGCUUUGUGGGCCGAAGUGGCAGAGGGAAGAGCUUCACCCUGACCAUUACAGUAUUCACAAACCCACCGCAAGUGGCCACUUACCACAGAGCCAUUAAGGUCACGGUGGACGGGCCCCGAGAACCCAGGAGGCACAGGCCGAAGUUGGACGACUCACCGAAAGCCGGACUAUUCUCCGACCGGCUCAGUGAACUAGAGCGUAUUCGGCAGAGCACCAUGAGGGUUACCGUGCCAACACAAACACUGCGGCCUUCUCUUAGCAGCCCAAACUCCUUUACGCACCAAGGGCAAACACAGAUAGCAGAUCCACGUGAGGCUCAGUCUUCUCCACCGUGGUCAUAUGACCAGACAUACCCAUCAUAUCUGAGUCCCAUGGCCUCCCCGUCCGUGCACUCCACCACCCCCCUCUCCUCCAGCCGAGCCACGGGCCUGCCUUCCAUCAGCGAUGUGCCCAGACGCCUCCCAGGUUCGACAGAUUUGAGUCCUUUUCCUUGCCAGUUUGAGCGUCAGUUCUCCGGUUUUCCCUCACUCACCGAGAGCCGAUUUUCCAGUCCCAGAAUGCACUACCCGGCCACCUUCACGUACACGCCGACCCCCGUCACCACAGGAAUGUCUCUCGGCAGCGCCCACUACCACACCUACCUACCCCCACCCUAUCCUGGCUCCAACCAGAGUCAAAGUGGACCCUUCCAAAGCAGCAGCACGCCCUAUCUCUACUAUGGCGCCUCCACUGGCUCAUACCAAUUCUCUAUGGUUUCAGGGGGGGAUCGCUCACCCACACGGAUGAUGCCACCUUGUACUAGCGCAUCCACGGGGAGCAGCUUGGUCAACCCAAAUCUCCCCGUCCAGGCUGAUGGAAGUGGAGGGGUUGAGGGGGACAGUAGUCAUAGUAACUCCCCCACUCUGCUCAAUCCUGCUGGUAGAAUGGACGAAGGAGUAUGGCGGCCAUAUUGAUUGAACAAUGAUCCACGUAUAUUACACAGAUCUUUCCCAGUCUGAUGGAAACUCCCCCAAAAAUGGCAUGGUUUUAAAGCACAAACCUUUGGAUUUUCAUCCUUUUUUGCUGAACUACUUUCCUUUUUUAUGUUUUCAUAUCAUUUUAAGUAUUUAUGAACUGUUUGAAAGGGAAGUAUUGUUUUGUUUUGUUUUUUUACAUUGAAAUGCCUUUGUGAUAGUUCAAUCUAUGGACGUAAUACAUUAUUCUGGAUCUUUUGACCUCUAGGAAACAUUGUCAUUGGUGGGAAUAUUUGGAAUUGAAGGAACAGAGAUGGUUUGAGUUUUCAUUAGCAUCAUGUUUUAUUUACUUGGCAUUUCUUUUAUAAAUCGUUUAAAGCACUGCACAUCUGUAUGAGACAUUUUAGUGUAAGCAGACAGUGUUUUGCUUUUUUAACUUAAGCAUUUAAGUUAUACAUAUUUGAUAAAGAAAUUGAUUUAAAGUAACUUAUAAAGCCAUAUAUUAAUGAAUGUAUUAGGAUCUUGAGUCAUAGAGGGAAUAUUUUUAUAAAGCAUCUAUUUUCAAGUUAAUGCAAGUGAUUUAGGGUAAUUAAAAUAUCCGUGCCUUAAAUAAUUACACAAAGUUGUAUGUUUUAGUCUGUUUAACACAUUCAAAACGGCAUAUGUAAUCAGGUAUUUUUGUUUUGUAGUGUUGUACACUACAUUUUAGAAAUGUCAACAUUGCUUGGUACCAAAAGCUUUAAACCAAAGAAAUGCCCACGGAUGCUCUAAUUGUUUGCCAAUGUGUUAGAUCAAGCUUUCUUUGAGUUGCAUGCAUGUGUUGGGAUAAUAUAUUUGGCAUUUACAUUGUGUAAUUAUUAGAAAUGGCUGGGAAAAUAUACUGCACUCAGUACAGAAUAUACUGUAUACAGAUAUUCUCACCUGAGAACUGGAGCAAUUUAUCUGAUCAAAAAAAAACUACACCAUGUAGAACUCUCAAUUUAGGUACUAUAUUACCCAAUGUAGCAAUGAAGAUAGAAUAACAUCCAAUAAUACUUUAUUUGGAAUGUAAUUGUUUCAAAUGUUUAGCUCAAUUUUAUUCCACUGUAAAUCUAGGAUAUAGUGGUGCAUAGUACAUUUUGCUUAUGAAUUUCAUGUUGCAAAUCAGUGUCUGGAUUUCAAUCAGUUUUCAACAGGUUGAUUCUGUUACAGUUAUUACAGUUUGAACUAUCCAAACCUCACCAAACUUUGGAAAGGUUUAGUCUGCUUUGAAUGAAAUACUGCUUUUAAAGCCUAGCAGUCAAGUGAAAAACAAAACAAAGCUUUUAGCUGUUUUUAUGUUGAAUUAUUUUCUCUACAGUCUUUUUGUUUACCUGAACAUUGGUCCAGUAUUGCAUUUUUGGUAACUCAAGGUUCAUUUUGACUGUUUCAUAUGAUCAGGGCAUUUACCUAGAAAUUGGAAUAGCUGUGAGUGUAUACGAAAUGUUUACAACAUUCUGAGUGUAUGUUGUAUAUUGGAAUCAAAUACACCACCCCUGUUUUGUUUAAUUAUUAUCCAAUUUUUUUCUUUUGUAAAUUAGUAUUUAUCUGAUGAGUUUUCAAUGGACAAGAGCGAUUUGUAACAAAUUUGUCUCUGGUUCUUGCAUGCUUUGUUUCCUUUGCACAACUGUGUUUUACAUAUCUUGUAUUCCUUCCCCUUUUUCUCUUUAUAGACCCCAUGAAAUUACUUUACGCUUUUUUUUUUCUUUGUUGACUACAUGAUCACAUGGGAAAUUAACACGUUGCUUCUAAAAGUCUGUGUACCCUGAAAUCAAUCCCAUUCGUCUGAGUUACUGGCUAUCGCCAUCCCACAUCAGACAUUUUUGCAUCGAUUUGUAAACACAUUUCCCUUUAGCUCAACCAAUAGUGUGUUGUGCAAGCAACUUUAGAGUCACAGGUUAUUGUCCAAUGGAAACCAGAUAGUUAUCACGUUCACAUAAAUAAUGGUGAGCAUGUUUGCAUUUUCGCUCUAAAAUUUUUACUCCAUUGACGGUUAGGUUUAGGGUUGGGGAUUGGGUUAAGGGCAUUCCUGCUGACUGUAUUAAACAAUUUAUAACUCACAAAACAUUUUGCUUUUGGCACCACCCUGUCAAUAUUUCACCCCUAAACUGAAGCUCACACUCGCCCAUACGUUCAACAACACUUCCAGCUUCGGCCACAGAGGGCAGUGAUUUGAAUUUUGGUAAGCAGAAACCAAUACUUUAAUCCAAUAUUUUAACCCACUGUUGCUGAAUUCACAGUAAGAUCAGUCCGCCAUUGGCAUACAGUUUGAAACAGGAAGAUGGAACAGGACAUAGCAUUGGACUUGUUGCCUUUUUUAAGUAGCCAAUAGCCAUAAACCAUGAUUUGCUAGUUAGAAGUAGGUGGUAUUGGGUGGAGGAUCAAUUUUACACAUUAGAGAACAUUUUAGUAGACAAAAAUAUGGGUACAUCCCUGAGUGCAAGAUCGUUGUCAUCAAUAAAAUUGACAUUUUAAAUGCAUAUAUCGGCACAAAUGUCAUUUUGUCAGCUUUUUGGAGUACACUAGCAUAUAGAUCACUUCAACACCAAUAGACACGGAAAAAAAGGUACAAAAGACCAAUUGUGAUUUCAUGGGGGUCUUAGAUAGAAUGAGGGUUUACAGGGAAAUGAUCAUGACAACAGUGAAAGAAAUUGGCUUUUAUUGGCUCAUUUUUUAUUUUUUUAUGUUGUUAUAGUAGUUUUCUUUGUAAGGGAAAUAAAAAGAUAUUUU